AUGGCACCGGCCAGCCAUACUAAUGCUGCUACUAUAGACGAGCCACUACUAGCGGCCGAAGGCGGUAACAUCCUUGACAUCGGCACUGGUAGCGGCACCUGGGCAAUCGACGUUAGCGACCAGUUUCCAAAUGCCCAGGUGAUCGGUACUGACAUUUCACCCACCCAAUCAUUGUGGGUGCCGCCCAACACUAGAUUCGAAAUCGAUGACGCGACGCAACCAUGGACCUGGGAUGAGAAUACCUUUGACUUUAUCCACGUCCGUUAUAUGCUAGGUGCUAUCACGGACUGGGAUGCGCUGUUUUCUCAAGCAUACCGCUGCUGCACGCCGGGCGGCUGGCUUGAGUCGUGUGAGGUUCACCCUGAGCACCAAAGUGAUGAUGGGACGAACGAGUUGGCUCCGGUCUUGAAGCAGUUCUGGCAGCUGUAUGAAGAAGGCAUGCCCAAGAUAGGCCGAAAGUUCUUUGUUGUCAGAGAGGGUACACAGCGCAAGGCCAUGGAAAAUGCAGGAUUUACGAACAUCACGGAUAAGACCUUCAAGGUGCCGAUGGGCGGCUGGCCUGCCGACAAGAAGCUGGCCGAGAUUGGGCAAUAUAAUCUUCUAGCGUUGCUAAACGACCUUGAGGGAUAUACUACCUAUCUGUGGAACGAAGUUUUACAGUUAGGCAAGGCCGAGUACCAGGUCUUUCUUAUGGAAUUGCGCAAGGCCGUAAAAGACAAGAGAAUCCACACAUAUUACACUGUCCGCUACGUCUACGGGCAGAAACCGUAUGAGUAG